AUGUUCUUAGAACGUCUACGUAACGCGUCUCCUAAUAACGCGUACGUGAUGGGGUCCUUCAAUGUUACCGUGCUGUGCACCGUCGUAUCGAAUGACUCCACAUUCCAAGCCAUCUUCGAACUUCUUGUUGAACAUGAAAAAAGAAUAAACAUGCAUGGAUUUUCCAUCCAGCAGCCUAUGGCUCUUUUAAAGGAGUGCCCAAUCUGCUCGAUUUUCGAAUGGUCUGAGAAAUACUAUGAGCAAGUAAGCGGUUGGCAAUGGGACAGCGAUUGGCAUCAUGCAUUGCGCUUGUGCUUAUGUCUAACAUAG